UGGGGACGCGCGCCUCGGCUCGCUCGCCGGCGGGACGGAUUUGGGCUCAACCGCGGCUGGCCCCUGCGAGGGCGGCCCACGCGCCCCCGCGGCUCCCUCGGCCCGUUUGGCGGCGGCAUCUUCGCCAGGGUGCGCUCCCCAAAGUGCACCAUCAGUUCAAAAAUGAGUGACGAAACCAUUCCCGAGGAAGUCUCCGCUCUCCCUGCUCAAAGCCAACAUUACUUUGACCGAUUCUCAGAAGACGACCCGGAGUACCUGCGCAUCAGGAACAUGGCUGCAGACCUGCGCCAAGACUUCAACCUGAUGGAGCAGAAGAAAAGAGUCACCCUGAUUCUGCAGAGCCCCUCUUUUAGGGAGGAGCUGGAGAGUCUCAUCCAAGAGCAAAUAAAGAAAGGAAACAACUCCAACAUCUGGGCCCUUCAGCAGAUAGCUGAGUUCAUGGCCACCACGGCUCCCUCCGUCUUUCCUCCGUCACCCUUGAACCUUUCCACAGUGACACCCAUCAAUGACCUCCAUAGCACUGACUCUGUGUCCCUGGCCAAAGGGGAGAGGCUUAUGCGCUGCAAAGUUAGCAGUGUUUAUCGGCUGCUGGACCUUUAUGGCUGGGCACAGCUCAGUGGCACCACAGUCACGCUGAGAGUCAGCAAAGAACAGGAACAUUUUCUGGUUUGUCCCGAAGGCCUUUCCUGUCAUGAAGUUACAGCAUCCAGCUUGAUUAAAGUGAACAUCCUGGGGAAGGUGGUGGAGCAAGGCAGCAGCAGCUUUUCGGUGGACACCCAAGGAUUCAGCCUGCACUCGGCCAUCUAUGCAGCUCGGCCUGAUGUGAGAUGCAUCAUCCAUCUGCACACACCAGCCACAACUGCAGUCUCUGCAAUGAAACAAGGCCUCUUGCCAAUUUCCCACGAUGCACUGCUGGCAGGUGACAUGGUGUAUUUUGACUUCAAUGGUGAAAUGGAGGGAGAGGCAGACAGAAUUGAGUUGCAGAAAUGUCUUGGACCCACCUGCAAGGUUUUGGUGCUCCGGAAUCAUGGCCUGGUGACCCUGGGAGACACAGUGGAGGAAGCGUUCUACAAGGUCUUCCAUUUGCAGGCUGCCUGUGAAGUCCAGGUUGCUGCCUUGUCUAGUGCUGGUGGGCCUGAGCAUCUCAUCCUCUUGGAGGCGGAGAAACACAGGCCUCACGAUGUGGGUCUGGUCCGAUGGGCUGGCAGCACCUUUGGGCCCAUGCAGAAGAGCCGCUUGGGAGAGCAUGAAUUUGAAGCACUAAUGAGGAUGCUGGACAAUCUAGGCUACCGGACUGGCUAUGCUUACCGUUACCCUUUUGUCCAGGAGAAGACAAGGCACAAGAGUGAGGUGGAGAUCCCGGCCACCGUCACUGCCUUUGUCUUCGAAGAGGAGGCAGGCCCCAUCUUCACCCUCCGGCAACACGCCCAGAAACAACAGAAAGAAAAGACCCGCUGGCUGAACACCCCCAACACCUACCUGCGUGUGAAGGUGGCCGAGGACAGCCAAGGCGGUGCCAAAGCCACGUGGAUGAAAGCGGAUGACGUGGAGAAAUCCAGCAGUGGCAUGCCAAUCCGAAUUGAAAACCCAAACCAGUUUGUGCCUCUCUACACAGACCCACAAGAAGUCUUGGAAAUGAGGAACAAGAUCCGAGAACAGAACCGCCAGGAAGUGAAAUCGGCCGGACCCCAGUCCCAGCUGCUGGCUAGCGUGAUCGCAGAGCAGAGCAGGAGCCCGUCUACCGAGAGUCAUUUGGCUGAUGGAGAGAUGAAGGAUGACUCCCGUGUGGAGGCCUCUCUUGAGCCCGAGUCUCCCAACCCCUUCAGCCAGCUAACCGAUCAGGAACUGGAGGAGUACAAGAAAGAGGUGGAAAGGAAGAAGCUGGGACUUGACGGUGAAAAGAAGGACAGCAGUCCAGAGGAGGGAGUGACAUCCCCUGAAGAAUCCACCAUCACUCCACCCGAACAGAGCCCCACAAAGCCUGGGGCAAGGAGCCCUGCCAGGUCCCCCUCCAAAGCUCCAGAAGGCGGGAAGAAACCUACUGAUCUUGCCUCAGCCGACAAGGCCGAGCCGGAGGCGGUAGUGGUCAACGGGAAAGAAGACGACCAAACAGUUGAAGAGCACCUCAGCAAAGGGAUCAGCCAGCUGACCACCAAUGCAGACACCACUGAGGGCCCAAAGGACAAAACCAAGUCGGUCACCAGUGGGCCUGUGAGCCCUGAAGGGUCCCCUUCCAAGUCUCCCUCCAAGAAGAAGAAGAAAUUCCGGGCCCCCUCCUUUCUGAAAAAAAGCAAAAAGAAAGAGAAGGCAGAAUCCUGAGGUCUUCCCUUUCCUCGCGCACCCUGCCUCUUCUUCUCUCCUCUUCUCCCCUUCCUCUUCUCGCCUUCUGCUGCCCCCUCCGAUCUCGUGACAUCAUGAGGAUAAUAGAGGAAGCUUCCCCGGCAAUGGUCCAUCUUUCAAAAAUGCCCCAGAGAGUAGCCCGGCUUGGAACGGUGCUCCUCUUGGAGCUGUCUUGUGGAGCCCUUGGGGAAGACAAGGAGCACCUGAGGCAUCUUCCCUCUUUCAGCAGCCUCUGUGGAUCCACAGGUGCAGCCACGCCGGAGAGAAACCUUCGGGCCUGUUAAGUUCCAUGUGGGAGGGAGAGGGUGCAUUUCACCUCACCAUUAGCCACUUCUAGCCUGUUGCUCUUGCACGAAGGCAGAAAGCCAUGGAGUGCCGCCCAAGGGCUACAUGAAGGCCCAUGGGUGGUCCUGAAGCAGGAGGGGGCUUGCAACCGUGGGGAACAGGGGUGCCUUUUACACUUGUUAAAUGGCCACAUCUUUCCUAGGAAAGUUGCUCUGAACUUUAGAAGCAGAAUGACACACUGCAGCUGCAGCUGCCAAAGAAGCCUGACAUUUAUUGUGGGGUAAUCUGACCAGGCGGCCUUCCAGCACCAUCAGCCUCCUUUACCUGCAACAGGGUGACCCCAAAGGCCUUGAUGAAUCAGGUGGGUACUGUUGGGCAGCACAUCCAGAGAUGGGGCAGAGAGUAGUUGCCAUCCUGGAGGGUCGCAGGAAGGGUGCAGUCUUCCAGAGAUGACCUCUGAGCAGCCCCCCUGAAACCAUGGACAAAAGCAAAUGGGUGAGUGAAUGAGGUUUGAAAAGGGAACUCAGGGUGUUUGGUGAGUCCUGGGGACACGCCGGAUGGGUGUCUGCACCAAGCAUCUUGAAUUAGGGCAGGUUCUGAAUUGCAUAGAUCAGUACCCAACUUGUCGCCUACAAUGAGAAAAGAGGGCAGGUGUGAUACAAAACCAUUAGAAGGUGCCAGAUUAGGCAGCAAUUGGUCUGCAAGUUCCUUGCUGCUCGGCCCAUUUUCGAGAUUGAAAAGUUCCCUCUCAGGUAGACUGCCGAGUCUCUUCUGACCUGCUAUCGAAAGGGAAAUAUGAAACCCCAAUUCUGCAAUAGUCUCAGGUGGGUCAGAAAUCUGAAAUUCAUCUCACCUGCAUUGCAUCCGGCUAUUAUUCCAUGUCAGUCAAGUAAGUGCUACUGUGUCCAUUGGGAAUAUCAAGAGCAAAAAACACACAUGCACGCACCUAGUUGCACACAUGCGCACACACUGCCAAUAACUUGCGCAAUGAGUACUACUGAAAUUGCAAUGGAUUAAGCUUGUAGAAAUAAUUUCUCAGUGCACUGUUAAGAAAUAUUGUCAUGUGUAAAUUAUUUACUGAAGUGAUAAAGUUUGCUCCGAUCACAUACUGCUUUAAAGGACAUGCAUUCUGUGCAGAAAUGGCCUUUUGCUGCUCUCAGUAGAAGUGAUGUGGUGUCUAGCGUGACUCAUAAACGCUCAGCUAGGAUAUAGACGCAGCUUUGUACGUCUGGCUUGAUGGUGCAUCUUUCUGAGGUGACAGAAAGAUUGUCCUUGAAAAAUGCUCAAAAUCUUUGCGUAGCCUUUAUUUCCUUCGCCAACCUUUCUGCCCCAAUUGAGGUUUUACAAAGUGGUGGACAAGGUGAGCGUGACUGAUCAGUUUGUGAGUUUUUCUCUGCCAACUCUCACCCAUCCCUUAGGCUACUUUCUGUCAUCCCAGCCUUUCUUGGUCUUCCCCACCUGCUUGGGCAGCUGGGCUCCAGCCCCCUCCCCCACCAUUUUCCUUUCUCUUCUAUUUCAAAAGGACAAAGACAUCAAGAUCUUGCAGGAUCCCAAACUUGUGUGAGAUCAGCCUCCUGUCUUACUCUUAAAAAAAACAAGGCGAGGGAGCUAACUUGAUAAAUUCAUGGGCAGACUCAGUGCCCUAUGCAGAUUGCCUUUUUCAAAUGGGGACUUUGGGGUUGAGUAGCCUUUUGAGAAAAAGAUUGUUCCUCUCAUCCUUGUUGCAGACCUUAAUUGCUCACACUCAGACCGACUGCAGGAAAAAUGGGUGAAAUGGAAGGAAAGAUUCACCUCUCCAAUGCCCUGAGAGCUGUAUGCCUCUAAUUUAAAUUGCCCUGUUGGAAGCAGCUUUCUAAUUCUUUAAAAAUAAGGGUUUUUUUCCUAGAAACUCCUAAGAGUAACCUCCACUCCCCUUGCUUGCAAGCACUUCUAGCAAAGCUGCUGAACUGUUUGCAGUUAGGAACAGCCUGUCACGCUGACAACUGCGCAGUUCCAGAAACAGCCCAUCUCCUAGAACUGGUUCAUGGCAGGACUUGAAAUAACAGGUAUGCCUGCAGAUACAUUAUUUCAAGGUGCUAAAAGGAAAAAAAAAACUGUUACAGCUUAGUGUUAAAGUGGAAAUUAACAUCAUCUGGGGAAGAAAGCUUUGCUCCAUUGGAAUAAAUUGUGCCAUUGUUGUUCUUGUAAUAAGGAGCUUUGAAUGUUUCCCACAACAGCUUCUAUUUCUCCGGAGAGUGUGGGAGAUAAACAGCCCCCAGCAACAUGAAGCAGGUUUUACAAAGCACAUUUUAUACCUUGUGGUUGGGGUCACUCAAAGAUGUUGGAAUAGCUGAAGAUUUAAAAUGACCAAAAGAAAAGGUGGGAUCAGGUCACUCCUACGGGCGAUUGCCUUUUUUAUAAGACCAGAAGGGAACUUCCACGCAAAGCGAUUUCUCCCAAGUAACAAAAAGGGGAAGCCACCAGUUCUUCUGAGCUUGUCAUGAGGACAUUUGGCUGAGUGAUGCUGUGAGUGACUGGGCAGCCCACUUGAGCCCAAUUCAGCAUGAUGUUUGUCAUAUGUUCUUAUACAAGGAGGUUGACUUACCUAAAAACUUACAAAUUGUAAGCAUAGGGAUAGGAUCUCCUGAGAUCCACUAUGUGAUAAAAUACAGGGUAGCUUAGCUCCCAGGUCAGUUUGCGUCCUGGAAAGGAGCCAGUUCACCUGAGGCAGGCAAAUAUGCUGCUGUUGCUCCUUUUGUGUAUGCCUGUGCUUGUGAAAAUGCAUGCAAAAAGUCUUAAUCACAGUUUGGUGGUAAAAUAGUCAAGCCCUCUUUGAACUCCAUGUAAAGCCAAGUUUUCCUUGUACUUAGUGCUUUGCAAAGAGCUGCUCAUUUCUUUUGUAAUAAAGACCAAAUUCCUCUGGUCCUUAUUACAAACAAAAUGAGCAGCUCUUCGCAAAGCACUAAUCAGUAGGAAAUUGAGAAAUAAAUAAUUCAGAAUAUGCAAAAUAAACAGCUGGAAAUGUUUAGCAAAAUAUAAACAUACCGGUAUCUCUGUGUUUGAUGUUUCCACAGACCAGCCAAUUCUGUUAAGCAGUUUAAUAAUAGGCAUGUACAGAGAAUCCAUCUCGGAAGGGGCUGAGGGGGUUUUGCAUUGCCCACUUUUCAGGCCCCUCUUCUCUGACCAGCUCGCCAGCUCUGCAGGUUGAAGAACUGCUGCUUGGCCCAUUGAGCAGUCUGGGCCCUUGGCUGUGGACCCCAGGAGUCAAACUCCAUUACUCCAUUAAAAGAAAGAAUGUGGGCAUAAAUUGAGAAAUCAUGACAGUUAUUAAGCAGAUUUUUAAAUCAAACUGCAUCUUCCUGAUUUUGUUGCUUCAGUGGCAUACCCAAAGAUGAAACAACUGAGGCAAGUGAUUCUGAGUGACAGUUUGUGUGUCGGUACAGCAGCUGAACAAAUGCUACCAAAAGCCCCUGGUUUCACCACCAGGCAGUCCAAUAAAGAGUAGCCCUGUGAAAUAGUGGAGAGAGAACGCCAGGCUAACCUAAAUCCUGUGGGGUCCAGUGCUUGUGAACAGUGAACUGGGGCUCCGACAGUUUUUUAUCUUGUCAUUCAGCUGAAGCAGAACAGGAGUUCGGUGAAAAGAGAAAAAUGGCAUAUAAAUCAAGUAAUUAAAUAGGGUACUUGCUGAAUUGACAAUUAGAGGGAUCAAGACUGGAUUUUCUGACAAGAGUUCCACCCUCUCUCGGAUCGAUCCAGGUCUGCACCUCUUGGCAGCAGCAAUCUUUUCCUGCCACCAUUGAACGAGGGCCUUUUUCAUCAUACUGUAUGUACCCUUAUUAAGUGGUGGUAAAGUGGAUGCUGCAAAAAUGCAAAACCUGAAGAUGCAUUUCCCUCCCCCCCCCCAGCUGCCAGCAACAGACAUCCUGUAAGUUGCUUGGCAACCUAGCUGACUCUGGUGGGGUUUGCAGGGGCCGGUGGAGUCAGGUGUGGGAAGGAGUCAAACCGAGGAGGUCCUCGUCCUUUCAGAGUUUUAAAAUGGGGGCAGGGACAACUGUUGUCCAAAUGCCCUCAGCAACUCUUGGCUCCACACUCCAAAGAGGAUUUGGGGAGCCAGGGCUGCCUGGGGUCUGGGCUGGUGCUACAGAAGGGUCCUAUGCCAGUGGAGUAGAACCAGCUGGUGGGAGGCUGAUUUUCUGUCUGGCUUGGUAGCAGGCUUUUGUUAUCCAUCGGCUCUAAGAAACACAGAGAGACGGAUAGUGAAGAGAUUAAAAUCUUAAGAGAUAAUCACAUUAAGUCUUAUUCAUAGCCAAUUGGAAACUUCUGUGUAAAACAAAAUUACCUAUUUUAAACCUUGGAUCUUUCCCACUGCUCUCUCAUUUGAUGUAGUCAUUUCUCUCAAGUGUGAUGGGUGUCAGUUCCAUCUUUUGAACAAUUUCUCAAAGCAAAAAAAUCUGGCUAAAUGGUCAAAUGUUCCUUAUAAUAUUAAAAAAAAAAUUAAAAUCCUAUUAGAUACCCUUCCUCCAGCAUCAUUCUACACUGAAUAGGUUCCCAGUGGAUUGGCCCUUUGAAAAUAACAAGCAAGUAAAUGUAUAAUUAAAUACCUUUCCCUUUAUAGGACUUGGAAGAAAGGUAUUUAAGUUAGAGAAAAAGACUCUUCGCCAUAUAAUUACAUGUCAAUUUAGCAAUUACUCAUAAGUGUGCAGCUGUUCCCAGAAAUAUUUAUUUCAUGAUAACAGUGUUCAAGCAUGUACUUUUGAAACAACUUCAAUUACUGCUGUAUUGUGCAGGUGAUUGAUGGCUUUCCCUCUAAUUCAGAAAAGGUAGGCAGUGAUUCUCAAGUGAAGCUGAGUCAGCCUUUUCCAAGGGGAUGAUCUAGAAAAGCUCAUCCGAGCAAGGAAUCCAAGAUGAAAAACAGCUUAAUGCUUUUAAGCUCUUUUUCACACUGGAACUUAGACUGGGCACGCCCAUCUGUGGCUCUGGCCUCUUCCAUCUUCACCUGUUCUGGCUCUCAAAUGAACUUGGUGCUGAUGGGAAAAUCUGAGGGCUUCUCUGCUGAUCUGGAAGUGGGCAAAGGUGGGCAGGAGACACAGGCCACUCGAGAGAGAGGCACGAGGAUGGUCUGUGUAUGGUCUUAGAAAUGAUACACGACUUCCAGAGUGCGAGAUAUUGUGCCCCAAAUCAUUUUUUACAUCUGCAAAACAAUGUGAUUGCAAAGCAUACAUAGCCUGAGAUAAAGCUAAUCAUCUCAGUAAGGAUGUUGAGACACUGAAUUUGCAAAAACAACAAACUGGUGUUUCUAAAACAAAGAAAAGGCAGUGAUAGAUUUGCUGAAAUUAUGAUUGAUAUCCAACAAACAAACAUCAAACCAGAACUACUGGUAGGUUUAUAUUUCUGUAGCAGACAGUUUAUUCUUGGAUCAUGUUGUUGAGUUCCUCAACUAUUAAACAAAGUGCAGCAUCCUGGUAUUAAGAGCAGCCUGAACCACAACUGGUCCCAAGUCUUUGGAUGUGGUCUUCCAUAGAGAAAGAGAAAAAGUGGCCCUGGGUCUUUCACCCACCCCGAAUUAUCAAAGAGGCCCAGGUCAGUCAGAAGAUGUAUUAAUAAUGCAAUGUAUAUCAAGUAAGCUGCAAAAAUUAAAUGUCUGUGUCUGACAAUCGUUGCUUUAAAGUGCUAUUUAAUGUCUCCCUCUGUAAAUAAAGACACCCCCCUCACUUUGGCCUUUGACUGACAUUGUAAAGUCAAUGAAUUUGCUCAUCAAGCAAUCACUUGUGCAACUCAAGAUUCCUCUCUCGUUCAGUUACUCCACAAAACCAUGUUUUUUUUUCUGUACAUUCAUUUCUUGAGAAAAUUAGACUGGCAAUUUAAUUCUUGAUGGUUUGUGUUCCUUGGCAAUUUCAUAUUUUCCUUUUUAUACCAUACUUUGUUUCCAGACACUGGAGUAGUUAUCUUCAAAAGAAUUUGGUGAGUUAGCAGUUUUGAGGCCUUCCCAGUUGUGCUGCUUUCUGCUGUUGCUGAUGCAUGUUUCUUCUUAAAGGUGGCUGUCUACACUCUUCUGCUUGACUAUCCAAUGGUAGUAAAGCAAUUAUACUCUUCUGCCAAGGUGGUGGUGGCCACCCCCAAUUCCAACAUUGCUAGGCCAAACAUUGCUAAAUGUCUGAAUAAGAGACUUCCUUAAACAGCUUUUUGUCUCAUCUGAUGAAUCUAAAAGAAAAAGAAUAUGCCAAUAAACUUUUACCAGAAUACCAAA